AAACUGUGGUUCAGUGACGGCCUCCAGCCCAAACAGCUGUGGUUCGAGACCAAGACCAGCUUGUUGGAGGUCAGAGCCUUCAGCAACAACAGCCAGACUGGAAACAACAGCUGCUCCAUCAAUAACGGUGCAUGCGUCCAGCUGUGCCUGCCGUAUCCUGGAGGUCGGACGUGUACUUGUGGGCGGGGCUUCUACAGCAUCAACGGCACUUCCUGCGCCCCGAUGCCAUCUUGCCCCUCUGGAGAAGCAUCCUGCUUCGACAGCAACAAGUGCAUCAGCAGCGGCAAGUUCUGUGACGGACACGUGGACUGUCCGGACCAGUCGGACGAGCAGGACUGUCUGGACUCAAACUCUGUAUCUUUUGGCGCUAAAGCCGGUGACGGCGGCUCUCCUCGGUCUUCUCCCAACCUGAAGAACGCAGUUAAAAAGGAUCCUGCUUCCUGCGGUCUUAAACUCUGCAACGGUCACGGCAGCUGCGUCACAGAAGGAAAAGCAACUCGCUGCCGCUGUCUGGAUGGUUUCAGAGGAGAGUUCUGUCAGCAGGCAGAGACACAAAGUCAUGUGGGUGUGAUUCUGGGUGUCCUCGGCCUCAUGGCUGCUCUGAUCGCUGCAGCUUUCAUUUUCGCUAAAAGGAGAGAACUGAUGUCCUUCAGAGGCAGAUCCACGGACAAAGAAAAUCUGAUGGCCGACAUGGGCCUCCCUGAUGAAAACCAAGACUCUGACUCUGAGGAGCUGGAGUCCUCAGCUGAUGUGACAAACUCCCCACCAGCAGUAAAAUCAGUGGCACCCAGUUAGACCAUUCAGGAAGUCCAGAUGUUACACCAGCUGUGUAGCGUUGAUUUUAUAACAAGGAAGGCCUCAGAUGUCAA